AUGGAUCCAGCUAUCAAUCUGCAGCAGCGCAUAGCGCAGGGUCUGAGCAUCUCCCUGCGCAAUUCUCUCAACUCGCUGGGCUUGGGCAAUGGAGCUGCACACAAUUCCAUCCCCACGCCUACGGGCUCCUCAGAGACAAAUCAUACCGAUGGGCUAGGGAUAGAUAUCGAAAAGGGCAGGCCCGAGUUGGAGCACCAAAGUCCGAGCGGCAUUAUCGUGGGAUCUCAGGUGACUGCAUCCAGCGCAAAAAGCGCAAGGAGCAUGGCUGGGGACUCGACAGAUGAUGUUGUCCGGCAGCGACAGACGGAGGAGCAGCGAGUACUGGACGCGGUCGAGGCCGAGCAAAUAAGACUAGCUGCUGCCCAGCGCACCGCGCCACUCACUCUCGCGACUCUGCCGCCCGAAUUGCAGAUGUUGAUCAUCCGGCAACUCAACUUUGGUGACAUUGAGCGGUUAAGGCGAACAUGUCGCUUCUACAAGAAGCUUGCGUCACCCCGUGCAAUCAGGGUGCUAUUUGGGCCCGAUCACCUCCGGCGCCUGUUGCUCAGUCACUGUGCCCGCUGCCUGGCCUACGACGAAGAACGAUUGGGUCUUUUGCAGGCGCCGGCCACGCAUCGAGACUAUCCACUCUGUGCGCUUUGCGUCAACUGCGCGGUCGCCGAGAGGGACGACCGGAUCGUUGUUGGGCGCAAGGUGACUAUGGGCAACGGCGACGGCGUCUGGAUAUGCCGCUGGUGUGGUUGGCCCGUCACGUCUUCGCCGGCUACUGGCCACGUACAGUUUCACAGGCGAUGCUACAACAAGUAUAACGACGCACUGCUGUUUUUCUUCUCGUUGGGCUGGAUGCAGCUAGCUCUGGGCGUCAUAGGUGCUGCGUUGGCAUGGAGGUAUUUCCGGAACGACAUUCAAGUCUUUGCUCCCACCGUGACUUCAUUCCUGCUUCUCUGGGUAUGCUUUCUCAUCCUCACGUUCCGCGGGAACCGCAUCAGGACGUACCAUUGGAGCUUCUUGUUUGAGCUCAUGACACUGCUCUGCUGGAUCCCCCCGAUUCACUGGAUCAUCGACUUGUACAUCGAGACACCAUAUUACGAGCUUCCCAGAAGCACGAUGGCAUGUCUGAUAUUUUUCUGCUUUAACCUUCUUUUCCGACUCUUUAAUGUGCUCGGAAACCUCGUGCUUUUGUGCGAGUAUCAACGAACAAGCCAUCAUCUUCCGUCGCACAUGAUACCAUGGUGGAGGCGCAUCACGAACCCAGUCGUGGACUGCUUGAUUUUCUGGACGUAUCCUCAGUGUGCGGAGCAAAAGUAUCCGCCGCAUUGGAGCUAG